AUGCCGAACUCCACCCGAACCUCUUCCCCAGACCCCGCAACCGAGAAAAACGCCCCGCCAGACGUCGACAUCGACCUGGAGAAAGUCCCCACGACAGGCGAACCCGUCGUCCCCCAGCCCUCAACGAAACCUACCUUCCCAGAGACCGACCUCGAUCGAGGGAUCAUCGGAUGGGACGGCCAGGAUGACCCGGCACACCCGCAGAACUUCGCCAGCGGUCGGAAAUGGGCGCUGCUGGCCGUCGUGAGCACCAUUUCGUUUAUCUCGCCACUGGCGUCGAGUAUGUUUUCGCCGGCGCUGAGAUCGCUGUCAGAAGAUUUUGACGAACAUGAUCAGACGAUACUCUCGUUUACUGUCAGCAUCUUCCUCUUGGGAUAUACGUUCGGUCCGUUACUCCUUGCGCCCCUUAGCGAGAUUUAUGGCCGCAGGCCCGUUCUAAGUGGUGCCAACUGGUUCUUCGUCGCCUGGCAGAUUGGGUGCGCGCUCGCUCCCGAUAUCGCUUCGUUGAUCGUGUUUCGAUUCUUGGCGGGAAUAGGAGGCUGUGGAUGCUUGACACUAGGAGCUGGAGUUAUCGCAGACCUGUUUCCCAUUGAGAAGCGCGGGCUGGCCACGUCGAUUUGGAGUAUAGGACCGCUAUUGGGACCGGUAGUUGGCCCAAUCGCUGGUGGCUUCAUCGGCCAGUCGCUGGGCUGGCGUUGGGUAUAUUGGAUACUUUUGAUCAUUGGCGGCACCUUUGCUUUUGGAGUCGAGCUUUUCAUCAAAGAGACCUACGCGCCGGUCAUUAUACGCCGAAAGACAGCGAAGCUUGCGAAAGAGUUGGGGCGGAAUGACCUGCGCAGUGCUUAUGACCCUGAAGAAGGCAUCUCCCCAGCGACCAUUCUCAAACAAGGCCUCAAACGACCCAUCCUGCUUUUGUUCAAGUCACCAAUCAUCAGCUUUCUCGCCACCUACAUGUCCAUCUGCUACGGUUUGCUCUACCUCUUCUUCACCACGAUCCCUUCCGUAUUCGAGAACCAGUACGGAUUCUCGCCCGGCAUUACUGGACUUGCUUAUAUCGGGCUCGGGCUCGGUUUUAUCUUUGGUCUAGUUAUUACUGCGACGACCAGCGACAAGAUUCUGAUGAAGCUGGCUGCGCGGAGUGGUGGAAAGCUUGAACCAGAAAUGCGCCUCCCGCUGCUCGUUUUCUGGGCCGCCUUGCUUCCCGUUAGCUUCUUCUGGUAUGGCUGGUCUGCCGAUAAACAGGUACAUUGGAUCGUACCUAUUAUCGGUAUGGCACCGUUUGGCCUCGCCAUGAUGGGUGUCUGGAUGCCCAUUCAGAUCUACACCAUUGACUGCUAUCCUGCCUAUGCGGCCUCGGCCAACGCUGCCCUCACCGCGUCGAGAUCACUGGUCGGCGCUCUGCUUCCCCUAGCUGGCCCUAAGAUGUUUCAGACGCUUGGUCUGGGUUGGGGUAACUCUUUGCUUGGGUUUGUUGCGGUAUCAUUCGUCCCUAUUGGUAUGCUUCUGACCAAGUAUGGGAAGUUGAUCCGAGAGAAGUAUCCUGUGAAGCUGUGA